AUGAGUACUUCAGAACAUGCGAGCAGGACUGAUCUAAAGACCGUUGCCGACAUUCUCGAAGAUGCCAACCUCGCCCAGCGCCUGCGCUCCAUAAAAGUCGACCAGGACAUUGUUCGAGUCCUGGCGCAGCUCGCCAAGCAGGCGGUUCACAUGGGCAUCGACUACCAGACUCUUGGGGUCGGCUGGCACCAUCCUGACUCGCGGGCGGCGUAUCGGAGCUGCAAGCAUCGGUCCACCUGCUCCCCGGCCUCGCGCAAGCGGGCCGCAGCGUCACGGGCUCGACUCCGGACUGCGGUUGCAUCGGCCAAGGACCGACAGGACAUGCGGGCCACACUGACCGAAGAGUUCCUUCGGGAGAUCGGCGUGGCGAACGAAUCGCGUCUGCGCGCGGCAGCGACCUGGCCCGGCGUCGUGGCAGCCCUGCAAGCUGAGCUGUUGCUGCCUCUCCGUGCGCUUAAUGAAGGUCGCAUGACGCAGACCAUGUGUGGCGCGUCGCUACCGGAAGAUGAUCUGAAGGGCGUGGUGCUGGCUCUCACGGAAGCAGUGCUGAAGAGCAGCACAGGCUUCAGUGAGUGGCGCUACAGCUCACCCAGGGGUCAAGAGCAGCUGCGUGGCCUAUCCGAUCAUCAGAUCUGUCUCUGGCAGGAGCCCACAGCGCAAGAGCACAGAGGUGGUCUGAAGACUCACGAGGAUGCUCCUGGAGAGUUGGGAUUCUUCUGGGCCACGAAGAUCGGUGGGCCCUCACAUGGCUUCGACUACGAAAGCCAAUGCAUUCUGCCUCUGCUGGCAAACGCGCGGCACAAGGUGAUUCUGGUCAGCGUCGCUGCUUGGACCGAGCACCCCGUGGGAAGGGCGCACUGGCGCUUGCUGUGGUCUGUGGGAUGUGGUAAGAAGCCGCCGGAACCGCGUUUGUGGCUGGAGACGGUGAAUGCCGAUUUCGAAGCCCCGGUUUCGUCCGAAGGCUGGGAGACUGCCGUGCUGAGCCACGCAGUUUCCAAAGCAGAUGCCAUGGGUGUGCCACUCUCUGUGAACGUAGCGCAGGCCGCAGCUUUACAGUCCCUCCUGGGCAGUUUCAGAGAUGCUGGGCAGCGCUUUGAUAUGUAUAUAAAAAUGUGUGUGUAUAUGUCUGUCUGCCUGUAUGUAUGUAUUAAUGUAUGA